ACUCGGCUCUCGUACUCAAACUGCCGUGGACGGUGGAAUGCGGUUGCCGGGAGCAAGUGCAGUGGGCAUUGCCGGCCAGGCGCCGCAGAUGUAAGCACAGCGCCCGGUGCUCGCCGCGGCUGCUCGGUGUCUAACUUGCAGAGGCCUUUCUACGGGAGAAAGAAGACUGUCGUACCCCUGCUUCAGUCAUUUUUGAGGAGAAAACCGACCCGGAAUGAGAGCCUCGGAGGAGACCCCGGCAUCAUGGAUAUGGAGCCUUGCAUUGCAGACUGCCACCGGCGGAGGACCACCACGGCAACUUUUCGGCUCUAUUUUAUCCACCUGCUGUAAAACAUCACACCUGAGAUACACACCCUGGGGGAAAUGUUUGGCGAAUGAAAUGUGAUUCAAAAAGAGUACCCUGGGAUUCAUGACCUGCCACUGAACUUAUAACAAGCCGGUGUGGCGUCCGAGAGACCCGACAGCGCAAAAAUGUUUUACGGUUCUUCGUCGGGGGCAAGCAUGUCCCUGCCCUCCAAAAGUCGACUAAAGCGACAGAGUAGGACCUUUACACAGGUCCUGUACCGCACCUUAAGCUACCGCGACCGCGUCCCGGCUGAAGUGGGAACAAACACCCGUGGUGAUCGGCGGUCAACAACUGAGCCCCCGGAGCGACCGGAGGACGACCCCGCAGAGCUUUCCACUCAAAGCUCGGCACCGGGCGUCCUGAAGAUCUUUGGUGACGAGAUCUGCGCUGGUGCCAACUAUAAGAGCGUCCUGGCUACUCCCCGCUCCAGCGCUCAGGAGCUAGUUAAGGAGGCAUUGGAGCGCUACUCUCUCAACAAGGACGGUGCCCACUCCUACGUCCUGUGUGACGUGAUUGGGCGCCUAGAAGGAGUCGGCAGCGUUUGGCGGACCGAGUGCCUCCGUGCGUUAGGCGACAACGAAAAGCCACUACUGCUGCAGGAGCUGUGGAAGCCCCGAGAAGGACACGCACGACGCUUUGAGCUACGCAGGAGAGCUGAGGUAGACGAACUCAACGCCAAGGAGAAGGACACCAUUACAGCUGGGCCCAAAGCCCCCCAGUUCCUGGUGGCUCUAAUGGGUCGCAUGCACAGGAGCUCCCCUCUGCGGUCGUCUCGGGUGGCUCAUUCGGGCUCUAAAGACAUCAACGCACAGGCCCGCAAACUGCAGAGAAACCGGGCCAAGGGGGCUCUGACCUUGCCUCGCUCGAGCAACUCAUCCCUAUGUCGCAGCCUCAGCGAGACAAGCCUCAACCAGUUGGCGGUGGGAGACGAACCCAAGCGCUAUUACUCCACACUUCCGGGGCCAUACAGAGGCCGAGAGGUGGCGUCAGUCGGACGGCGCAAGGAGGAUGCAGGCCAGGGUGGCGUGCGCCACUCCCUCUACCAGUCGCCACACCUACUGUUGCUUCAGGGCUACAACAAACAGGAUUGCCUGGUGUACCUGUUGAACCGCGACCAGCAUACCGUGGGUCAGGAGACGCCGUCGGCUCGCCCCAACAUCUGCCUGUUCUCCCCCGACAUCCUGCCGCUUCACUGCCGCCUGCGUCGCGUGCCCACUCCGUUUCGCCAUUCCAAGGCGGAGGAGGCGGAGCCAGAUCCCCAGCAGCAGCGCUCGUCCUGUGUGGCAGUGGAGCCGGUCCUCAACGCUACCGUGCUGGUCAACUUCUCCCGCUGCGAGCGUUCCACCACACUGCGUCACGGAGACCUGCUUUCCUUUGGCGCGCACUACAUUUUCUUGUACAAGGACCCCACAGGCGCCAAGCCUCUCCCUGCCCAGACCCUAGCACGCCUCCGCAGCCUGGGCCAACUCUACGACAGCGGGACCGAUGAGAGCGGCACGUGCAAAGUUUGUGGGUCGGUGCUCAAAGACAGAGCGGCCACCGUAACCGGCGUGACGGCGACGCGGCGCAGCUUCAGGCCGCAACCUGUCAAACCUCGCUGUAGUGGGACUCUGACCGGGACAGACGGAGGAAGAGGGGGACAAAAGAGGAAGCUGCAGUUGGAGUUUGAGCCAGCUCAGGAAGACCAGCUGCUCAACCGAAUCAUGUCACUCAUUGAACCUGGAGGUGAUGACCACAAGUUGACCCCGGCGUACCUUUUGUGUUUGUGCAUACAACACUCGGCCUCCACGUUCCCGCCGGGAAGCUUUGGAAAGCUUCUGCUAAAGAUCGUCCGUCGAAUCCAGACAGUGGCCUGGGAGAAGACAAAGGAGUUAGCACAGAAGCAAGCUCAGCACCAAGACCCGGCAUCGCUAUCGCUGCUCAACAUCUCGGACCUGAUUCCAGACUUACAGACUAUCUUCUUUUGGAUGUCCAACUCCAUAGAGAUUCUCUACUUUAUUCAGCAGAGGGCGCCGUCGUACACGCACAACAUGGAGACGGUGCAAGGCUCAAAGGAGUCUCUGCUGUCAGCGACUAUCUCUGCCAAUGAGGAGGCCAUGAGCAUUCUGGAGGAGGUCAUCAUGUAUACCUUCCAGCAGUGUGUCUACUAUAUCACCAAGGCUCUGUACGUGGUUCUACCGGGUCUACUGGACUGUAAUCCAUUCCCGUUGGACAGUUCAGAGCCAUGCUGGAAAGGAGGCGUCGGAUUCCCCGAGCCGGUACGCAGGGUUCUCCAGGUGUUCCAGAGCACCCAGGAGCUGCUGCAGGGCUACCAGGUCCACCCGGAGAUCCAGGCGCAGAUGUUCGCCUACCUCUUUUUCUUCUCCAACGUGUCCCUCUUCAACCAGCUGAUGGACAAAGGUCCAUCUCGCGGCUGGUUUCAACGUUCCAAAGUUCUGCAAAUGCAAGCGUGUCUACGGAUGGUUUUAGAAUGGGCCCGCAAGUCGGCAUUGGGACAUCUGGCAGACAAAUUCUUCACAAAGCUCAACAGUUCCAUUGCCGUUCUGGCCACGCCGCCGCAGCAGCUCACGCAGAUGAGCUGGCGAGUGUUGUCCAGUGAGCAUUCAUCCCUGAAGCCAGUGCAACUGCACAGGAUCUUGACUCAGUAUCAGAUCACCGCAGAGACUGGGCCUGUGCCAUUGUGGCAGCCCGGCAGCGAGGACGAGGCCUACAUCUACCGGACAGUGGAUCUCCUAGAGAGCUUUGAAAACCACCCUCCCAUUGUGCUGCCCAGCGGCGGUUUUGGCGUGGACCUGGACGGUGAGCGCGUGGAGGACAGUGUCUACCGGCAGCUGCUCUAUGUGCGGCACUUCUUGUGGGGCUUGCGCGCCAAGACGCAUGCUAACACCACACACGCUAACGGCAACAACAAUAAUGCAGCGGACGUUCAGAGGGAUCCGCUACCCCCACCCUUGCUGCAUGGCAGUCCCCGUUUAGCCCCUGGUGAUGGAGAAGAAGACAGCAGCCGUAGUCAAGUCCACAGCCUCCGGCGGAACGGGGGCGGUGUCCUUCACCACCACCAUCAUCAUCAUCAUCACCACCAGCACCCUCACACUACGCCGGGCUACCCCGAGGGAGGGCCAGGCGGAGGGGGGGGAGCUCUGCAGAUGAACGGUUGCGGAAAAAAAGCCAAUGGCCUUAUUGCUAACGGCAUGGAAGGCUGUGUUAAUGGUGGCUGUGAGUUCCCCUUCCCCGUGUCCUCCUCCCCCGGCAUCCCUCCUUUCCCUGAUGACAUGUGUGUGGUGUUUGUAGUGGAACUGGACAAAGGACCCUAUGGACUCGGCAUGGGACUCAUCGACGGCUUGCACACGCCUCUCAAUGCUCCGGGGAUCUACAUCCGGACGCUUAUCCCCGAGGGGCCGGCGGCGACCGACGGCCGGCUCAGGAUCGGUGAUCGAAUCCUUGCUGUCAACGGGACCAGUCUGAUCGGAGCCGACUACCAGAGUGCGGUGGAUCUGAUCCGCCUGGGUGGGGGUCGCCUCCGCUUCCUGGUGGCAAAGUCAGACCCGGAAGUGUCGGAGAAAAUCAGCGCCUCGUCCUGUUGAUGGAUGGAUGGAUGGAUGGACAGACCUGGCAGAAGAAAAACUGACACCGUCUAAAUGAUCACUGACUGGAUGGUGGAGAAUGUAAAUGCUUGGACUCGGGCAUAACUCAGAACUUGAUGAUUGGCUGAUUGAACAAAGCUCCGCCCACUUGGCAAAACUUACAUGAAUGACCGUGAUGAUGUAACCACAGCUGGAUGCUCGAACUGUUAAUAUUUUUGUUCCGCUUCCAUUGUUUCAGGCCAAGCACGUUUUGAAAGCGUGUGCAUUCUGGUGAAAAAUAUCAGCCCCUCACACUAGUUGAACUUAUCGACCUGAAAAUGGGUUUCUUGACAGCACGAGCAAAGAGAUUUCAAUUGCACAGGAAAUCUGACAUAAUAAAGCUAGCUAGCAUUUAAGGUCCAUUUGCGAUUGUAAACAUUGGCCAUGACACAUCAAACGGUCUUAAGAAACCUGGCCUAAAAUUGACAGGAAGCCAGCCAGUUCUCAGAAUUCACCGCAAAUUGUUGCCUGCAGCUGUAAUUCCUGAUUGUAGUCAAAACACAAGCUGAUGUUUUUCUUUUUUACAUGAUAAAACAUAUCAAACAAAUUAGAAUGUUGUUUCCUCGCCAUUUUUAUGCAUCAUCUUCUACUUCCGAUUAUAUUUGGACGUUAAAAUCUCUUCCUCCUGUUUGGUCAGAGGGGGAAAUUUGCCAAGAAAAGACAAUAAAAGUGUUUUCAGUCAAUGUGGAUUUAAUAAAUUUGUAUUUUUGGGGGGCGGGAAGGAGAAAAAACACACUGCUGGCCAAAAGUAUUGACACCCCUACAAUUCUGUCAGAUAAUGCUCAAUUUCUCCAAGAAAAUGAUUGCAAUUACAAAUGCUUUGGUAGUAAUAUCUUCAUUUAUUUUGCUUGUAAUGAAAAAACACAAAAGAGAAUGAUAAAUAAUUCAAAUCAUUAUCAUUUUACACAACACCCAGAAAAUGGGCUGGACAAAAGUAUUGGCACCCUUUGAAAAAUCAUGUGAUGCUUCUCUAAUUUGUGUAAUUAACAGCACCUGUUACUUACCUGUGGCACAUAACAGGUGGUGGCAAUAACUAAGUCACACUUGCAGCCAGUUAAAAUGGAUUAAAGGUGACUCAACCUCUGUCCUGUGUCCUUGUGUGUACCACAUUGAACAUGGAGAAAAGAAAGAAGACCAAAGAACUAUCUGAGGACUUGAGAAGCAAAAUUGUGAGGAAGCAUUGGCAAUCUCAAGGCUUCAAGUCCAUCUCCAAAGACCUGAAUGUUCCUGUGUCAACCAUGCGCAGUGUCAUCAAUUAGUGUAAAACCCAUGGCACUGUGGCUAACCUCCCUAGAUGUAGUCGGAAAAGAAAAAUUGAUGAGAGAUUUCAACGAACGAUUAUGGGGAUUGUGGAUAAAGAACCUCGACUAACGUCCAAACAAGUUCAAGCUGUCCUGCAGUCCAAGGGUACAAUAGUGUCAACCUGUACUAUCUGUCGGCGUCUGAAUGAAAAGGGACUAUAUGUAUGUAAUAUGCAAUAAGACCCCACUUCUGACCCAGAGACAUAAAAAAAGCCAGGCUGGGGUUACCUGAGAAAGCCAAAAAUGUUCGGUCAGAUGAGAUAAAAGUAGCUUUUAGGGAAAAUGCAUUAACAAAGAGUUUACAGGGGAAAAAAACAAGGCCUUCAAAGAAGAGAACACAGUCCCCACAGUCAAACAUGGUGGAGAUUCCCUGAUGUUUUGAGGUUGCUUUGCUGCCUCUGGCACUGGACUGCAUGACCGUGUGCAUGGCAUUAUGAAGUCUGAAGACUACCAACAAAUUUCACAGCAUAAUGUAGGGCUCAGUGUGAGAAAGCUGGGUCUCCCUCAGAGGUCAUGGGUCUACCAGCAGGACAAUGACCCAAAACACACUUCAAAAAGCACUAGAAAAUGGUUUGAGAGAAAGCACUGGAGACUUCUAAAGUGGCCAGCAAUGAGUCCAGACCUGAAUCCCAUAGAACAUCUGUGGAGGGAUCUGAAAAUGGCAGUUUGGAGACGGCACCCUUCAAAUCUCAGAGGCCUGGAGCAGUUGGCCAAAGAAGAAUGGUCUAAAAUUCCAGCAGAGCAUUGUAAGAAACUCAUUGAUGGAUACCGGAAGGGGUUGUUUGCAGUUAUUUUGUCUAAAGGUUGUGCUACCAAGUACUAGGCUGAGGGUGUCAUUAUUUUUGUCCGGCCCAUUUUUGGAGUUUUGUGUAAAAUGAUAAUUAUUUAUUUAUUUAAAUUCUAUUUUGUGUUUUUUUUUUUUUUUAUUGCAAGGAAAAUAAAUUAAGAUAUUACUACCAAAGCAUUUGUAAUUGCAAUCAUUUUCUGGGAGAUGUUAUCUGACAGAAUUGCAAGGGGUGCCAAUACUUUUGGCCAGCAGUGUAAUCUUUUCGGGGGGAAAGUCACGUAUUUAUUAGAAAUAAUAUUUUUGUGAAGGAAAAAAAGUAAAUAUAGGAACACAUUUUUUAGCUCAAAGGCUGUGACCUGAAAAUAAGUCCCUAGUCAAGUCACAUUUUUUUGUAUUCAAGUCAUAGGUUUUGAUAGAAAAAGCUGCAUUUAUUCCGAAAGUCAGAACCUUAGAAAAAUGUUUAAGAUAAAAAAAGCAAGGGCAUAGGAUUGCAUAGGGACGGUAGGGACAUAACACUACCAACUUUGCAGGAUGCUCAUAUUAUACCCACUUUUAAGCAACUUUA